GCGGCGGCGGCGGCGGCGGCGCGGGGUCGUUGGAGCGAGAGACUCGGAGCCGCCCGCGCGUCUCCCGGCGCGGCGACCGGGGAGCGGGGCCUGGAGCCUGCCAGCUUUUGCCACGGAGAAGGCCCGGUGCCUGUAUGCUGGCCAGAUGUCGUCGCGCAAGGGAUCGGCCGGCAGUCCAGGAGGCGCGCCUACAGGCAACGGCAGGGAACAAGAAGACGUGGAGCUGGCUGAGCUUGGACCCCUCUUAGAGGAGAAGGGAGAUCCGGGAGCGACCAGUUCAGCCAACGCCCAGUGCCAGCCAUGUCCAGCGGCCCAGGAGGAGGAGGAGGAGGAGGAGGAAGUGAGGGUCUUGACCCUGCCGUUGCAAGCUCACCACGCCAUGGAAAAGAUGGAGGAGUUUGUCUACAAGGUCUGGGAAGGCCGGUGGCGGGUGAUCCCCUACGACGUCCUGCCCGACUGGCUGAAGGACAACGACUACUUGCUGCACGGCCAUCGGCCCCCCAUGCCCUCUUUCCGAGCCUGCUUCAGGAGCAUCUUCCGCAUCCACACCGAGACGGGGAACAUCUGGACACAUCUGCUAGGCUUUGUGCUGUUCCUAGUCCUGACCAUGCUGCGGCCAAAUAUGUACUUCCUGGCCCCUCUGCAGGAGAAGGUGGUCUUCGGCAUGUUUUUCCUGGGGGCCGUCCUGUGCCUCAGCUUCUCCUGGCUUUUCCACACGGUCUACUGUCAUUCGGAAAAGGUGUCGCGGACCUUCUCCAAGCUGGACUACUCCGGAAUCGCCCUGCUGAUCAUGGGGAGCUUUGUGCCGUGGCUGUAUUACUGCUUCUACUGUUCUCCCCAGCCCCGACUGAUCUACCUCUCCAUUGUCUGCGUCCUGGGCAUCUCCGCCAUCAUCGUGGCCCAGUGGGACCGGUUCGCCACUCCGAAGCACCGGCAGACCCGGGCAGGGGUCUUCCUUGGCCUGGGCCUGAGCGGCGUGGUGCCCACCAUGCACUUCACCGUUGCGGAAGGCUUUGCGAAGGCCACCACCAUGGGCCAGAUGGGCUGGUUCUUCCUCAUGGCCGUGAUGUACAUCACUGGGGCUGGGCUCUACGCGGCCCGCAUUCCCGAACGGUUCUUUCCGGGCAAGUUCGACAUCUGGUUCCAGUCACACCAGAUCUUCCACGUCCUGGUGGUGGCCGCGGCUUUCGUCCAUUUCUACGGCGUCUCCAACCUGCAGGAAUUCCGAUACGGACUAGAAGGCGGCUGCACGGACGACUCCCUUCUCUAAGAACCGUGGAAGACUUUGGCAAAAGCUCCCGGUGGCCUUUCUGGCGGGCUUCUCUACUCAGACCGAAAGCAAGCUUUUUUUAUUUAAAGAAAAACAUGAAACUCGGAAACGUCGGCCCUGCCUGGUGUUGGGCGCCUUGGAAGGAAGGAGAGGGGGGCGACCAGCUGCUCUAGAUGCUGCCAACGGGACACCCCCCCCACAGCCUUGACAAGGAGGCGCGCAGCCCGUCGGAUUCCCCGUUUCGGGAGAGGAAGCACUGGGCUGUUCUGCUGACAUUUUUGUCUUUCUUGACAAAGUAAUGUAUGGCUAAAACGAGAGUAUUUAAUAUUUAAUAUGAAGCUUUAAAACGAGGUGCCCCCCCCGCGCCAGCAUCUUGAUCCUUGAUGGAACUGCAGGCCGGGGGUCGUGGAGCUGUGGAGCUGCUGUGACUUUCGGCGUGGAGGUGAUUGAAAUAAACUGUCCGAAGCUG